AGUUCCUGGUUUAACUGUUUACGUGCCGUCGUAGCGUCUGUAACUGUAAAACCUAACGUUUUACAAUCAGUUGGUAUAUUGACGAUUUUUUUGGUCACUUUUAUUCACGUUUUUUGACAGAUUUCCUCGAUAGAAAACACAAACUUGCAGUGCGUGUGGAUCCGCACUGUGGCGCUUUAGUCCCAGUCUAACAGGUGUGUGUGUGAGUGUGUGGGAGAAAACCUGGACUAAAUCUCACAGUAAAUCCCUUUAGCUCUCUGCUGCUGCUGCUGCUGCCUGACUCUCUUUGACUGAUCUCUGCGGGAAGUUUCAGGAAAUGCAGCAGGUGGAAGAAGAGCCGAGAGCAUGAUCGGUACACGGCCGUGAGUGUUUUUAAGACUUUCUCAUAGAAAAACACGCCUCUAUAAUUCAGUAUAACUGGACUGGACUCAGUUAUAUUUACCAGCAUUAACCCUGAAAUCAUUUGACCCCUGUCUCUGUGUGUGUUUGCAGUUCUCCAGCUCCUGUUAGCGUCCACGGCUAACUGCUGUGUGUCUUCAAGGUGUCUGUGGGCGUCGGACAGGGAAACUACUGCGCACUGUUGAACUCGGUUUGUUUAAUAUUCUUCACUUUAAAUGCAGUAUUUAGCUUUUAUUGACUCUGUGGAGGUUGUUUUCUAUGUUGUAUGUAGGUGAGAACUCUGUUUAGAUAACCAGGAGCCUGUAGCUUAUACUGUGGAGACCUGUUUACGCACUGAAACUGCGUUGGAGAAUAAAGUGGGUAUUUCAACUUUCGGUCAGAAAAGACAGGUGUGAUUUUGAGCAGGUGUAGUAUUUUAUUAUUAUUUUUUAUUAUUAUUUUUUUUAAUUUAAAGAAAACAAAACCAUAACAACAACAACAAUAUAUGUAUGUAUAUAUGUAUAUGUAUAUGUAUGUAUAUAUAUAUAUAUAUAUAUAUAUAUAUAUAUAUAUAUAUAUAUAGUGUAGUAUUUUUUAAUGUGAAGAAAAGCAAACAACCAUAACAACAAUUAAAAAAUAUAUAUAUAUAUAUAUAUGUAUAUAUAUAAUAUAUAGUGUAGUAUUGUUUUUUCAAUGUGAAGAUAACCAGAACAACAACAACAACAAUUGGUAAGUAUAUACAUGUAUAUGUAUAUAUAUAUAUAUAUAUAUAUAUAUAUAUAUAUAUAUAUAUAUGUAUGUAUAGUGUAUUUUUUUCCCUUUUUUUUCUCCAAUGUUACGAAAACCAAACAACCAUAACAACAACAACAAUUAAAAUUAAAAUAUAUAUAUAUAUAUAAAUAUAUAUAUAGUGUAGUUUUAUUUUUAUUUUUUUAUGUAAAGAAAACCAUAACAACAACAAUUAAAUUUAAAAAAUAUAUGUAUACAUAUAGUGUAGUAUUUUUUUUACCUAGAGUAACUCAUGUAACUCAUGUCUGUUUAUGAUUUUCUCUCGGGUCAGGUGACGGUGACACCAUGGAUGACAACAGCAUAAAUGACUCCAAUGUAAAAGUCGCCGUCCGGGUGCGACCAAUGAACCGGAGAGGUGAGAGUCCACCUGCAGACAGACUGACUGAAUAUGUGAAUAAAACGUACAGACUGUGUUGGUUUUUGUUUUACUUGUUGCACUUGGAGCAUAUUGGAAUAAAAAUGUAAACAGCAACACCUCCUUUGAGCUUGUGUUCCCACUCAUGUGAUUGAAAUCCUGCUCCACACAAAACCCUCUAAUGCAGACAGAACUGAGGAGCAGAAGCCAUGACCCAACUUUUCCUCUCUGCCAGUUAGCAGGUUGUUCUGUUUGCACAGGCGAGUCCUGGAUGUAUCACCAUAAAUAAACCUAUUUCCUGCCUGACCAUGUUGGGCUGUUUCUGCUGUGAUCACGAGGAACUGGCACACAGGCGGUGAACGCCACCUGCUCUGAUGACACUUGUGUCAGAGACAACAAAUGAAAGUUACAAUGACGAGUGCACAUUACCAUUAAGACCCAUAAUACUUUUAUUUUUUUUUAGGUUUAAACAUGAACACAGUUGUCUCAUUCACAUGUCAACACUCAUGCAGAGUAAAACAGUUUUCAUUUUUAACUGUUUCAUGUCUGUUUCUAUUUAGAAAAAGAUCUCAAGACAAAAUGUGUGGUGGAGAUGGAGGGAAACCAGACCAUUCUGCAUCCAGCCAUCACCAAUAUGAACAAAGGAGAUCCCAGGUGAGCUGCAGAGAGUUUCAAACACCACCUUACCACAUCAGUCUGUAACUACCCUUUCUUUGUUUAGCUAAGAUUCAAUCUGCUCUGUCUGGUGUUACCAUAGUGUGGUUGCUUCUUCUCAGGGUUCUGGUAGAACACUAACGGGUCUGUAGCUACUGUCUCUGUGACAGUCUGUGGAUGUAAGGAUAGGUGGAUGGUCGUUUGUUUACAGGCAGUCUGAGGAGUUUUCUGUUUGAGUGAUGAGUUACUCAAAUGAGUUUUUGUCAAACAUGCUGUCAAAGACUGGGAUGCAUUUCUACAUUUGAUUUGAUUUAGCUCUGAAGUAUCCAGUAAUUUGAUCUCAAGCAGUCAUAUAAAGUUUUUGCUUAUUUACAGUCUCAAUAAAAUAAAAAAUAGCAGCAAUAAAAUCCCUGUCAUCGACCAAAUGUAACCCCUAACUUUGAGUUGAAUUCCUCUAAAAGAUAAAAAACGAAGUUCAGCAGUCUCAGCUCUUCGAUAACCUCGGUCCUGAAGGCCUUUAAACUCAACACGUCAGAGCUGAAUCUCUGUCUUUUGAACCAUGCUGGUUUAUAUGUCCUUGUAGAUUUCUUUCUAGAUGUAAACAGGAAAUCUGUGCAUUGAUGAGUCAGUAUCAGGUCUGUUUUUGUACUUCAACAUUUCCAUUAAAUAGGGCCCUCAGAAAGCUUGACACCAUGAAGAGCGUCUCCAUGCAGUGUCGGUUUAAUGUUUUACCUCAUUAAAGUGGCAGUUACAGUAGAUAUGUGUCACUGAUUUAAUCAUCCGCUGGAUUACAGGACGAUGAUUUUAUACUGACUCUUAACUCGUCCAUCCAGCUCCGUGGAAAAAUCUCCCAUCUUAAUUGUCGCUCCACCCGUCCUCCUUUUUUAUUUUUCCUUCCCAUGUCUUCCUCCUCCCCCCCAGUGUCCUUCCUGCAGCAUUCCUCUCUUUACAAAGGGUGUGUCUGUUCGAGCUCCAUCCUGCUCAGGUAGACGAGGGUUAAAUCAAGAGAAUAAAACAAAGGAAGAAGGGCCGGAGUUAAGACUCGUAACACACGCGAUGAAAACAGAAAAAUGUCCUCGGUGAAAUAUUACCCAAGAAUCCUCGCAGGAGAGAGUGGCGGAGAAAUGACAGAUAUGUGCAGUGAAUGAAAACAUGCCAACGGGCUUGUGUUGAAUGUUUCUGAAUAUGUUUGUUGGUAAAAACAGGACACUCCUUUUUCUCCUGCAGGCGCCCAGAGUAGUGCAGGUUCAUGUUCCCUGCAGGUUUUCUGGCUCCUCUUAACCUCAAGGAAACCCCCGUCUUGAUAUGAAGGUGUGAGUCUCUGUCUUUAAAAAAAAAAAGAGUCUCACAUUUCCUGGUUUUUAUUUACAUUUGUUGUGUGUGGUAUAUUUCUGUGGGUGUCUUUCCUGUCCUGACACGCUUGAGCAGUACUAUAGUUCCCCUGUGGGGAUCGAUGUGAACAGGUUUUACAGGCCCAGUGCGCCGCAGACAAACACCUACCAGAACUAAAGAAGUAAAGUGAUUUCCAGCCGCAGUUCAGCGACUAUUUCUUUCUCUGAAAACAUAAGUUUGUGUGAAAGCAUUCUUGAUUCGUUUCCCAGCGGACUGAAUCCUAUUACGGGGCAUAAUGAGCGUAAUAGAAAAGCUUUUCUGUGAGGAAAGUCUCUGACCAGCCUAUUUCACAAAGUUUGUGCUUUGUCAGCUCUCUGAUUUGCUGCAUGAGUCUCAGGGGGUGUUAAUGUGUUACGACACCCUCGGUCGCUGCAACCAAGACGACAGCAGGAGCCUUCAGACCCCCAAAAAUGAAACCCUUCAUGAGUCAGCAGCUUAGCUUUGAUAAGGACUCUAAUUUUUAUCUGUUUGUGGAGUCGAUGGUUUUCCACACAAUUCUGAUCCAGUCUGUUUGACUCAGUCUUUGUGUUGUUGGUGGUGGCAGACCUGCCGGCCUCCCUCUCCUCCCGUGACUCCUUGGAGCUUCAAGUCUCUGCCAGUUAUCUCAGGAAUGUCCUCACCAGUCCGGGACACACUGGACUUAAUUUUGCUCUUUCAAGGACUGGCUGUGCCUCACAUAGGGAGGCCUUGUUUCAUGAAAGCCUCCUCCCUCCAACCCCUGAAACCCCCGUGUGGCCAAAUUGAUAUUUCUGCCUGAGUGGAGACUGUGUGUUUUGACUUCAUCAGGGUUCAGGUCUUCAAAGGGGGGCGUCCCUGGAAACUGGAUGUGCAAGAUUAAGACUGAUUGAUACAAAACCAACCGUUCUCUCUGCGUUUUUAAUAGAUUUAAAGUUACUGCAAAUACAACUGUACUGAGCUGGUGUUUAUGCUCUUAGUUUUCAACAACAAUAAAGUCAUUAUGAAGUGUAGGAAACACCAACUAAUGGGAAAAAUGUUUAAUCCUAUAAUCCCUUUGUGGUCCAGUAUUUCAACUUAUGACUGGACUCGCUUUGUCCUGAAUGCCUCACGGCCUCUGGAGGCAAUUUGCUAAACAGCUUUUAAAAAAUAAAUCAUAUAAUAAUGAGCAGAAGUGAUAGAAAAAUGGAGACGAAUGUAUAUAACAGAUUUUUACAGCUGAAAUAAGUUUAAAAAGCAGCUCUUUGUCUUCCUUUAUUGAUUAUGACUCAUUAAAACAGCUCUGAUGUACUAAUUUCACAUUUAUCUCACCUAAAUAUGACCAUUAAUGUCCAACAUCAUGGUGCAUUUUUCACAGGACUGAAUUUAAGAGACUUCAACGUGCUGCAGCAUGAAUGUGACACAUCUGGUGUACAAUAUCGUGAAUCCAGGGUUCAAUAAUAACAUUUGACGUCUGCUCUCUGGAAUGUGAGGAUGUUUGCUGACUGAUCUCUGCGAAGCUGCUGUCUGCUGUGGUGGUUAAAUGAAGUUAUAAAGCGGUGACUCUGAGGAUGUGAGUGUUGCUGAAGGUCACAGUCCCCUCUCCCUCCAAAGAGGAUUAUUCUCCUUGACAGAUUUUUAAGCUCACCACUUUACUUUUACUUCUUCUUCUUUCCUCAGUAACAUUGAACUGAAAUGGUCAGAUCUGCUGUGCCUCUCUCUAUUAAAGUGUCCGUGAAGUACCAGCACUUCCUUUUGACUUCAGUGAGAUUGUGUUAUUAUUACAGUAUGUGAGCAGACUACAGCAAUGUCAGGGGAACUGUUGUGACAGUAAUAAUAAUCAGAAUAAAGGCCCGAUCGGAAUAAAAGUGCACCAUGUGAACAUGUCGAUAGGAAGAUUCUGAUCCGAUUUCGGCUCACUUGACAUUAUAAGACUUGGUUUUGAUCCAGAAGGAGAAAGUAUGAUCAAUUAAUUAGAUAGAAAAGUUUUCUUUUAAUAAACAAAUAAAUGUCUCUACAGUCAGUGCAUGUACUGAUAGAUAAAUCAGUUAUCCGUCCCUCACUCAGCUUCAAUCUGUGAAUUUUAAAAGGAAGUCUGGAGGAUUUGAACUCUUCUAUCUGAUAUGACUGAAACCGACACAUCCUGUUUGUUAGUUCAUCCAAGUUUAAAGUCGUUUAAAUGUUCAAAUGCUCUCAAACUAAAGGAGUAACAUGCAGUUUCCUCGAAACUCCACUUAGAGGUACUGUAGUUGUUUCCACUGAGGUGAUGUUGAACUGUGUAUUGCUUUAUAUCUCUAAAAAUGAACUGGUCCUGACCCGGUUAGGAUUUAGGAACGAUUGGUGUUUCAGCUGAGUUAAAAGAGAGUCCGCUUUAUGACACCUGAAGAACUCAGACAUUAGUCCUGUGGAAGGACCCUCCCUCUGUACAGCUGUGUGUUUCCUCAGUCACAUGUUCGUGUUUCUUCUCACUGUGGUUGUUUACUGAUAUUUUGUUUUUUCUCUUUACUGCCUCCAGGAGCCAGCCGAAGGUGAGCAUUAAAACAUUUAUUUUCUAACUCUUUGCAUCAUAAACUGAAGAAACGGGUCACUUGUUAGCUGUUUGUUUGUUUAUUUAUUUUGUUUUUUUCAUCCUUCAGUCUUUUGCUUACGACUACUGCUUCUGGUCGAUGGAUGAAACCCAGACAGACAAGUUUGCAGGUCGGUGCCUUUUCCUCAUUUUCUCUUCUUUUGCACUCUGAGAGGUUUUUCAGGCUUCAGCCGAUCACCUGCUGAAACUGGAGUCAGACUGGAGCACCUGUUUACUGCAGCAGAGCAGAAUCAUUUCAAGAUGGCAUCCUGGAAGCAUUUGGCAGCUUCACGUAUACAUCGAACGAGAACGAAAUGUCCAGUGUGUUUAUUUUGAGCCUCCUUGAAUCCCCCCCCCCCUCUCUCAGUUGUCUGGGUUUUAAAAAGUGUGUUUUCUGACUCAGGUCAGGACGUCGUCUUCCAGAGCCUCGGGGAGAGUCUGCUCGACAACGCCUUCAUGGGCUACAACGCCUGUAUCUUUGCUUAUGGACAGACAGGUAACGUCUGAGGAGCUGUGUGGAGUUUGAAUGUUCUCUCCUACAGACUGAACACAUGCCUGUUAGGUUAAUCGCUCACCUGGAGGUGGGACUGCUGCACGAAUUGUUGUUUGUCUCCAGCUCUGAUGAAUAAUCCAUCAUCAUAAACAGCUAACUCCUCUGUUUCAAGAGUUUAUCUGAGAAGAAAUGAACUUUUGCUCUCAGCUGUAAAAGUUUAAAAAGUUUGCUCUAAGUUUACUUUCUCUUUUCUCAAAACAAACCAAAACUAAACCUCCUUGAAUACCUGUGCGUCUCCAGGCUCAGGGAAGUCUUACACCAUGAUGGGCUCUGCAGAGCACCCUGGUCUGAUCCCUCGGCUCUGCAGCACCUUGUUCAGCCGGACUGUGCAGGAGGCCCGGGAGGGAGAGAGCUUCACUGUGGAGGUCUCCUUCAUGGAGAUCUACAACGAGAAGGUCAGAGACCUGCUGGAUCCUAAAGGGUGAGUGACUGAUAUUUCACGUUCGAGUCUUACACCUGAACUUCGUCCGUUUGCCCCUCACUCCAGCCACUUCCACCAGCUCCUCCGGGGGGAUUCCCAGGCGCUCCCAGGCCAGGCAGGAGAUAUAAUCCCUCCACCUGGUCCUGGGCCGGCCAUGAGAUCUCCUCCCGGUGGGACAUGUCUGGAUCUAAUCCGAUCUAAUCUUAAAAAUCUUUAUAAUUCCUGGCUCGUUUAUUUAUGCCAAAUUUUCCAGCCUGAGAAGUUUUAUUAAAAUUCUCUCUUCUUCCUCAGAAACCGUCAAACCCUCCGAGUGAGAGAACACAAAGUCUUCGGACCGUACGUGGACGGCCUCUCCCGCCUGGCCGUGGCGAGCUAUAAGGUCUUCUAAAAUCACUUCAUGAACUUUAUUGAAUAUGAUUUUCUGGAGCUUUUAUAACAUCCUGUUAUUAAGAGGGAGAGGUUGUAAUUUCAUAAAGCAGUGCAGACCAGACAUGUUUGUUUGUCUCUCUUACAGGACAUCGAGUCUCUCAUGUCGGAGGGGAAUAAGUCUCGCACGGUUGCGGCGACGAAUAUGAAUGAAGAGAGCAGCAGGUCGCACGCCGUGUUCAACGUCAUCCUCACGCACACACUCAUGGACCUGCAGUCCGGGGUACGACACACCGAGGAUCAUAACACUUCGAUUUAACACACCCGAUAACGUUUAUUAUAUUUACUCUGAACGGGAUGAUGUUUCCUGUUUGUUUCAGACGAGCGGGGAGAAGGUGAGCAAACUCAGCCUGGUGGAUCUCGCCGGCAGCGAGCGGGCGGCGAAGACCGGAGCAGCUGGAGAGCGCCUGAAAGAAGGGAGCAACAUCAAUAAGUGAGAAAAAUAUGUGGAAACACUAAAAAAAAACGUCUGAUCUGAGGCCAGAAGAAGUGAAGGAGCUGAGAUUGUUUUUUUUAAAUCGAGAACACAUCUGCGAGCCAGCUUAGAUCAAACCGUCUCAGCAGCUCUUCACUGUUUCUUCACCUCCUCCUCCUCCUCUCUGCUGUGUUUCCUCCUCUUGAUUCCUCUUCUCGGUGUCUCCUCAAGGUCUCUCAGCACUCUGGGUUUAGUCAUCUCGGCCUUGGCUGACCAAGGAGCCGGGAAGAACAAGAACAAGUUUGUUCCUUACAGAGACUCGGUGCUGACGUGGCUGCUCAAGGUACAAAAACAGCAAAUAUUAUCAUCUGUCAUUUCACAUCUAUAGAGUCUAUUUCUAUGUCCCCGUAGUUAGUCCUGGAAAGAUCUAUGAAAGGUUCACAGGUGUGUCUUUGACCUGCAGGACAGUCUCGGAGGAAACAGCCGCACCGCUAUGGUCGCCACCAUCAGCCCUGCCGCGGAUAACUACGACGAGACGCUCUCCACUCUGCGUUACGCCGACAGGGCGAAGAGCAUCGUCAACCACGCCGUGGUCAACGAAGACCCGAACGCCAGGAUCAUCCGGGAGCUCCGAGAGGAAGUGGAAAAACUGAGGGAGCAGCUCACCGAGGCCGAGGUGCGGAUGACCUUCGCCUGUAUCGUAAAUGUUGAACAUUUGAGUGACGUUUUGGUCUUUAACGCAGCUUCUUCUUCUUCUUCUCCUUCUUCCACUCUCAGUCUAUGAAGGCUCCUGAGCUGAAGGAGCGUCUGGAAGAGUCGGAGAAGCUGAUCCAGGAAAUGACGGUUUCCUGGGAGGAGAAACUGAGGAAGACCGAGGCGAUUGCACAGGUAAGAAAACAGACGAGAAGUUGAGUGACGGGUUUUAAACUGGAGACUAAACUUAAACUCGAGUCCUGCGUCUCAUCGAGCGUCAAAUCUUGUCCACAGGAGCGUCAGAAGCAGCUGGAGAGUCUGGGCAUCUCCCUUCAGUCCUCUGGAAUACGCGUGGUGGACGACAAGUGUUUCCUGGUCAACCUCAACGCCGACCCCGCCCUGAACGAGCUGCUGGUCUACUAUCUCAAGGUAUCAGGAAGUGGUUCAUCACAGGUUAAAAUACGUGAACAUGAGAUCUUUGCUUCAAACCGACUCUCCUCUGUGUUUAGAACCACGCCCGCAUUGGCUCGGCGAAUUCGCAGGACAUCCAGCUGUGCGGGAUGGCCAUCCAAGCCGAACACUGCGUCAUUGACAUCACAGAGAGCAAUGGCGUCGUGUUGACUCCUCACCGUAACGCUCGGUACGUACUCGCCCUGGAUCAACGAGUGAAUUCUCUACAGCCCCACCUCUUGACCACUUUGUAAAAACCUUGUCUUCAUCUGUAGGACGUGUGUAAACGGCGCCACAGUCACCAGUCCAGUCCAGCUCCAUCAUGGCGACCGGAUCCUGUGGGGGAACAACCACUUCUUCAGGUACGUGAUGAGUUUGAAUCUGGAUCCCGCAGACAUGUAGACACGUUUCCAUCUUCUCCUUCUUCUCUCUCACAUUUUCACACGCGUUCACAGGAUCAACCUGCCCAGGAACAUGGUGCAAGCCGAAGAGAGUGGCGCCGUGAUGAAGACGUGUUUGAGCACUGACCAGCUGGAGGUGGACUUGGACGCCUCCAGCGACGUGUCCAGUGAGCUGAGCUUCGGCUACGAGGCUGCGCAGACGGAGGUCAUGAUGAAAGGCAUGGGGAACAACGGUGAGUCCGCCUGAAGUCUGAUCAGAUGAUUAAAGAGUACCGUGUGUUUCACUGUCAGGAGUUUUUCUCUGACUCUCUUCCUCCCUCUGAUCCGUCUCCUCAGACCCGCUGCAGUCCGUGUUGCAGACCCUGGAGAGGCAGCACGAGGAGGAGAAACGCAACGCCCUGGAACGACAGAGGCUGAUGUACGAACAGGAGCUGCAGCAGCUCCGCCGACGCCUCACCCCCGAAAAACCCUCAAACCUCCUGGACCCGGCGGGCUUGGUUCCCGGCGGAGCACCUACGUCCCACAAACGCAUGCGCCGCUGGAGCGAAGACAGGUGAGAAACGGUUAUAGAUUUUCUUCUCAACGUGAAAUCUUCAGAGGGUGAAGUAUCUAAAAAAAAAAACGUAUUUCAGAGAAGCGAUGAUGACUCGCAGCCUGAGGCGUCUGAGGGAGCAGAUCGUGCGCGCCAACCUUCUGGCACAGGAAGCCGGCUUCAUAGCAGAGGAGCUCAACAAGAGAACAGAGUACCUGGUCACUCUGCAGAUCCCUGCGGCCAACCUCAACGCCAACAGAAAGGUCGAGUGUCUGUCUGAGAUCGUCACAGAGGUUUUCUGACUUCUUCUGUGAACGGCAUGUUGAAAUAAAAAACUGCUUUUCUUCACAGCGGGACGUCGUACUCAGUGAACCAGCCAUCCAGGUACGGCGUAAAGGGAAAGGGAAGCAGAUCUGGGCUCUGGAGAAGAUGGAGAACCGGCUGGUGGAUAUGAGGGAGCUCUACCAGGAGUGGAAGGACUUUGACGAAGACAACCCUGUGAGUGAAGAGAGACCGGAGCGAAAAUAACCCACAGAGCUCAGAUUAGAUGGAUGGAUUAUAAUCCUUAUUAUAACGUGCCGUUAUGUAUGGACGUGUAUUUCAUUCACUUACAACAAAAAGAAGGAAACAUUUUUUUUUAGUAAAAUUUUUUUCUGACUUUUUUUUUUUUCAUCUUUCAAAUUUGAACCGAAAAGGAAAAAAAAAGUCUGAAAACAGAAAAGAAAAAAAAAUGUCUGAAAAACAGAAAAGUAAAAAAAAAAAACAGCCCGAAUGACAGAAAAAAAAUCUCAAAAACAGAAAAAAAUAAGUCAGAUAAACAGAAAAUAAAAAAAAUACAGAAAAACAAAAAAAAGGACACAGAAAAAAAAAUUGUCCAAAAAACAAACAAAAAAAAUUAGUCCAAAAAACAGAGCUUCUUUUUUUUGGGGUGAAUACAUUAGUCUUCCAUAGUUAUACGAUUUUAUACAGAUAUGUUAUUUUUCUUUCUCAAACUAAAAAAUCUUUCUCCUGUGCUGUCGUUGUCUCCUCCUUAGGUGAUGCGCUCCUAUUUCAAGCGUGCCGACCCGUUCUUCGACGAGCAGGAGAACCACAGUCUGAUCGGUGUGGCGAACGUUUUCUUGGCGUGCUUCUUCUACGACGUGAAGCUGCAGUACGCCGUCCCCAUCAUUAACCAGAAAGGAGAGGUAACGGACGAUUGAUUUUGAACAUCAGCGGGUGAAAUAAAAACGUGUUUUAGACUUUUUCAGUUUGUUUUGUUUACUCGUUUAAUUUUCUGUAAUACACCUCAGCGACAAAUAUCUGAAGUGUUUUCUGCACAUUUGCGUGUUAAUAUUGAUUUGACUCAAGCCUGUGUGUGUGUGUGUGUUUGUGUGCAUGUGUGUGUGGCAGGUGGCGGGUCGACUUCAUGUGGAGUUGUGGCGAGGCGAGCAGGAAUCUGAGGGGGAAGCUCCAAAGCAGUCCGACUCUCAGCAGAGCGGCGCAGACGGCGAUCUGCAGGAGCGCCGGCUGGAGUGUGUGGUGAGAACGUGCACGUGGACUGAAAGAGCUGACUCAGCAAAUAAAUAAUGCACAAUUGGGCAGUGUGGACCUGAAUCCUGCACAUGGCAGCUCUCAUAUACUGUGAUGAGAUUUUGAGUCUGUCCUGCAGGAUUGUAACGUGAUUGGUCGAGCUUUGGCGCCUGUUGUCCAUGUUUUUAUUCGAAGGUCAAACCUGCCUUCAAAAGUAAAUAUCUGUCUACUCCACUAUCUUUGUUGACCAUGUGAUAAGACGUUUCCUCAACUUCACCCUCUCAGGUCAAAAUCCUGCAGGCCAACGGUCUCCCUCGCCAUCUGUCCAACUUUGUCUUCUGUCAGUACCACUUCUGGGGGCAGGAGGAGGUGAUCUUCAUCGCCCCGGAGGUGGCGCCCGGCAGUCCUUCCUCUACCUCCAGAGACCCUCAGUGUACCGUGGUCUUUGAUAGUGCCAAGGUGACGCUCUCAGACACACACACACUCAUCAACCACUCAUGUAUUUGUCUCACGUCUUAUUUUCUCUCGUUUUAGGAGUUUUCAGUGCCGGUUUCAGAGGAUUUCGUGGAGUUUCUGACCGAUGGCGCUGUUGCUAUCGAAGUGUACGGACACAAACAGGCCAACCAUCGCAGGAACUUGGCGCUUUGGGACCUUGGAGUGAUUCAAGCCAAGACCAGGUCCCUCAGAGAAAGGUGAAGAAACACGAGUGCCUUUUAGAGAUCCGCCAGACCAGGAUCCGUAUCUGAGAGAUUUUGUUUUCACCUUAAACUUCUAGAUGGAGCGAAGUGACCCGCCGUCUGGAGUUGUGGGUGCAGCUGAUGGAGCUGAACGAGGCGGGAGAGUUUUCAACCGUGGAGGUCCAACCCGCUAAAGACGUGCGCACAGGAGGAAUCUUUCAGCUCCGUCAGGUUUGAAGGAUUAAAAAAAUAAUAAAACAUCCACGAGAGCGACAUGAAGAAGAGUUUUCAGCCUCUGCUUCAUCUUCCUUCAGGGUCAGUCCCGUCGGGUUCGAGUAGAGGUGCGUCCGGUACCAGACUCCGGCACCAUGCCCCUCAUAGCGACCUCGAUCCUGUCAGUGUCCAUCGGGGACGUCAAGAUCAGACAAGCUCGCCCAACGAAAGGCAGCGAGACACACUGGGUGAGAGCAGAGGCGAACUCUGACGGAUGAUCGGAUAUCUUAAUUCAAAAAAUCUUAAAACCUUUAAUUCUGAUUUCAGGGAGAGAGUGAGGAGAUGGACAGCUACCAGGUAUGUAGACGACCAGUUUAAAAGACAGAUUUCCCUCAGCUCUAGAGUUUUCUCUCCUGACUGUGUGUGUGUGUGUCCGUGUUCAGGAGGUCGACCUGGAGAGGAUGAGGGAACAGUGGCUCGACAUCCUCACGCAGAGACAGGAGUAUCUGGACCAGCAGCUGCAGAAGAUCGUCUCUAAACCAGGUAAAACUUAAACUCAAUCAUGUCAUUUGUAACCAGAGAUCAGCUUCUCAUUUUUCUCUUUUCGUGUUUUUAUCGGCAGAUAAGUCCGAGGACGACGUGGAGAGGGAGUCCCAGCUGCUGGAGUGUCGCCUGACGCUCACCGAAGAACGUAACGCCGUUCUGGUGCCGUCAGCUGGGAGCGGCAUCCCGGGAGCUCCAGUAGAGAGGUGAGCGAGGAAAGGAGGAAACAUCUGCACACUUUCAUUUUUAUUUUGAUCUGCGAACAAAUAAGGUUUCAUGGUUCUGAUUCAUGGUUGCUGUUUCUCUACAGGGUCCCCGUCCCUGGGAUGGAGACCCAUGUUCCUGUCCUGUUCCUGGAUUUAAGUGGUACGUCUCACUUCCUGCUACACAAGUUUGUCAAUCCUCUGUAAAGAUAUAAUAAGUUUUCUAUCCCUCCUUCAGCUGAUGAUUUCCAGUCCAGCCUUUCAGCGACAUUAGCCGGCGGUUUGGACGCGUUACUGAGUGGAGAAGAUGACGACGAAUUCUUUGACCUUCAUAUCGUGAAACGCCACGACCCUGAUGUAAACGUCACAAACGUUUCCUCUUAUAGUUUGAUCAUUUACAGACCAGGAGGAUCCCUGAUUGAUGAAGUCUUCCUGUUUUUGAUCUGGUCCAGGUGAAGGUGGAGGCCUCUUGGGACUCAACGAUCCACGAUUGUCCUCAGCUGAGUCGCGUCACAUCAGCUGACCAGAGGGUCUACUUGACAAUCAGCGCGGUGGUCCAGCUGAGCCACCCGGCCCACAUGCAGCUGGUUCUGAGGAAGCGGAUCUGUGUGAAUGUGACCGGGAGGCAGGUAGGUGGACUCUGAGAUGUCAGGAGGAAGAAGACUGAGACAAAAACAGACGUCAGAGGAUCAGAGAUGAUGAAGUUCUGUGUGUUUUUGUUUGUCAGGGUUUCGCUCAGAGUCUGCUGAAGAGGAUGUCCCAGCGCAGCACCAUCCCCGGCUGUGGGGUCACCUUCGAGAUCGUCUCAAACAUCCCAGGCGUAAGUGCAGAGUUUUUCGCUCAGAGUGAAGCUGAAGCUGGUUUUUGUCACCACCAAAAUUUUCACUCUCCGCUCCCACAGGACAUCCACGGUCCAGAGGACAGGGAGAUGUUGGCCAGACUCGCCGCCAGCACAGACGACGACCAGUCUGCCGACAGCGAGGCGGCGAUCGAGAAAUACCUGCGCAGUAUCCUGGCCGUGGAGAACAUCCUGACUUUGGACCGACUCCGACAGGUCAGGAAACAUCUUCAUGAAAACUGAAGUUUCAUAAAAGUCGAGGCGGUGAAUCAAAUAUUCAGUGUGUGCGUCUUUGGGUGUGUAGGAGGUGGCGGUGAGAGAACAGCUGGCAGUCAGAGGGAAAUCUGCCAGACGCUGCCUGAGCUCGCCAAACAUCAACCAGGUAAGAUCUUCAGAUUCACUUUUCGAUGCUGCAGAGUUUCAGUGUUUGUGAACAGACUCAGUGUCCUCUACGACAGAGGACAUAAGAUCUGUGUUGGUUUAUCUUAAACUGGUUCCUCUCUUUUCCUCAGUCUUCUUUUGGUUUGAUGGCAAAAACACUGACUGUGCAUCACUAACCGACUGAUUUUCUGAGUGUGUUAAACUUCUGGUUGUUCAGCUGCUUCUUGACUCUCAUGUUUUACUAACCCUGGCUCUAACCUUUAAAGCAGUUAUCGGCCAGCAGUCUGGAUCUCUACUCCUCCAAUCAUAAGCUCGGUGACUUCAAGGUGAGACACGGCUGAACCUCUUAUUUCUAUCUCUGUUUGUUUCUGAUCUGGGAUGCAGCUCCAUGUCUUCUCUUAACGCAGCACUCUUUCUUGUUUGCACGAUAAUCUCACAAAUCAGUGUCAUUGUCAAAUCUGAUUAUGCUGAUUAUGAUGAAGAGAAUAAUCCAGAAUGUGAAUAUUUAAUUCAGAUUCCUGGGCAGAAAUAAAAAGUCCCAGAUUUCAGGAAAUAGAUACUGUCCAUGUAGAUUUCAGGUGUCUCAUCUUCUCUGUGUCUGUGCACAGGGCUGGGACAGCCACAUGGACCUGUCUUUGGUUCCUCCCUCCACCAAAAGCACCCUGACGAGCUCCACAUCCCAGAACCUGAACCCUGAGCCCGGUAAGACUGAUCCAACCAUGAAAAGAGUCUGUACUCCUACUCCUACCUUUACUAACAUCAGCUUUGUUUUGGUUUAGCUGUAUCUGUCACUUUACUGACUUUGUACUAACAUAACUCUGUUUCCUGCCUUUAACGCCUCAUUUCUCUCCUUAUCUCCUCCUUCCUGCUCUUGCAUCCUCCUCUUUUCUUCUCCUUUCCCCCUCCAAUAGUGCAUUCAGGUUUUGCUGCAUCUUAUCUCCCUCCAGUCAAGGCCGUCCCCAAGCUGCUGAAGUCUCUGAUUCCUGGUGGGAAGGAAGACGUUAAAGACCCGACGCCGGUCCAUCAGCAGGUACUGGAUUUAGUCGGAUUCUUCUGCUGUCUUUGAAAAGUUUACAUUAUGCAUCACUGCAGCCCAAACCUGAGUCUCCCCUCUGUUUAUCAGCAGCUAGACUUAUUUCAUCUGUUGCCAUAGAAACGGAGCUAUUGCAAAUGGAUUUCACAGAGAAUAGAAAGUGUAGAAGUAAACAGUAUAUUAAUGCCUCAGUACCCAAGGUGAGUCAGUGAGUAAAUGAAGGCUUGAUUUUAUCUGCUGUCUGCUCCCGUCUGAUGUUAAAUGUUUUUGACUGAAUCUUCUGAAUAAUUUUAAUAUAAAUUAGAGGAAGAAUAAAACCAGUUAUGAAAACCACAAUCAACCCUUAAAUUUACUCUCACAGUUAAAGUUAAAAUGCUUCUAAAGUGGUUGAUGGUCUAUGACAUGAUUUGAAGUUCACUAACAGCUCCUGUGUUUAGAGGAGGGUGAAUCAGAUCAGGUGAGCUCUUUAGCACCCUCACUCCACCACUACUACAUCCUCCACUGCUCUCUAAUCAUGCACCAUCAGGACCCUGGAGUCUGCAGGCAACCACUUCAGCAUCUGAUUUGACUGAUUAGCCCCCCGAGGCGGAUAAGGGAGCUAAUCAGGGAAUUCAAAACCAUCAGCUCUUUUUGUUGCUUUGUUUGAGGCUAUCACUCUGCACUUACAGCAUGUCUGAACUCAUGUUUGAACUAUUCGAGUAAAACUAACAUUCACCAGACUUGUUGUGUUGACUUGCAGGUCGAACCUCCUGAGAAAGAGCAGUGUAGGAUAGAUGUGUUUGACCUGCUCUCAGAUGGUAGACCAGUUGUCCAUGUAGGUUGUUGUUUUGUAACUUUGAUCAGCAGCUUUUCACAUAUAAGUGAUGAUUCCCAUAAAAUUCAACCGUGCUGAUUCAAAUUCUCCAAAACUACAAGAAAACAGUAAAAAAAAUCAAGUUUUGUAAAGAAAUCUUAUCAAAACUCUCAUUUUUCUAUUUUUCCUAUUUAUUUAAAUCAACUUAAACAUCAUCCAAAAAGCUGAAAAAUCAUAUGUUGCUUUGAAUGUAGCUUAAAACAUGAAAUAUAUCUUUUCAAAUUCAGUUUUUAUCGUAGUUCCAGUUACUAGAAUGCUGGGUUCUGAAAUGAAGGGUUCUAGAGUAAAGGGUUCUAGAAUGCAGGGUUCUGGAGUGAAGAGUUCUAGAAUUAAAGGUUCUAGAACACUGGGUUCUGGAAUGAAGAGUUCAUAAAUGCUGGGUUUUAGAAUGAAGGGUGCUAGAAUGCAGGGUUCUGGAAUGAGGGGUUCUAGAAUGAAGGGUGCUAGAAUUCUUGGUUCUGAAAUAAAGGUUCUGGAAUGUAGGGUUCUGGAAUGAUGGGUUCUAGAAUGUAGGGUUCUGGAAUGCAGGGCUCUAGGAUGCAGGGUUCUGGAAUGAAGGGUCCUGGAAUGAUGGGUUCUAGAUUGCAGGUUCUAGAAUUCUGGGUUCUUGAGUGAGGGGUUCUGGAAUGUAGGGUUCUGGAAUGAAGGGUUCUAGAAUAAAGGGUUCUAGAAUGUUUGGUUCUGGAAUGAAGGGGUUCUUUAAUGUAGGGUUCUGGAAUAAAGGGUUUGGAAUGAAGGGUUCUAGAAUGUAGGGUUAUGGAAUGUAGGGUUCUUGAAUGAGGGUUCUAGAAUGCAGGGUUAUGGAAUGGAAGGUUCUAAAGUGCAGGGUUCUAAAAUGAAGGGUUAUAGAAUGCAGGGUUAUGGAAUGAAGGAGCCUUAAAGGGUCAGCAGCCUGAAAUGUGCUUAAAUCUUGUUAAACUGUAAAUCAUCAGUUUAACAAGCUAUUCCCACAUCCUGUGAGUCCCUAGGCUCAAAUAAAUCAGCAUAACACCUCCUCUUUGAGCUUUUUAUGUCAUGUCAGCUUUCUGAUCACUUAAAUAAGUUUGAUCAGUUUCUCCCUCUUAAAUGCUCUUUUAUAAAAUUCAUUGUUAUUAUUAUUAUUAAUUACAAUAAUAGGCUUAUUAUUGUAAUUAAUAGUCAUGAUCUGUCAAAUUUACAGUUCUCAAAAAUCUGCAUUACUGUCAAAUGUUUUGAUAAUACAAGACUGAAAACAGUAUAAACUCACUCAAAAACACAUCUUAAAUUCGGCUUGAUAGAUUUGGGAUUAUUUUGCAUAAAUGUCAAUAUUUGAAAUCCAUUUGGUUUCUCCUUCAGAGUCUUCCUCGCAUCAUGGUGCAGUCAGCAAGUGUAGAAGAGGGGCUGAGUAAACAUCAACAUCCUGUGAGUUCCUACAAGAAAAAGAAACCCUACUUUUUCAUGAGUACCGCCAGUCAUAGUUUCUUCUUGUUUGAAUCAGAAUUAAUUUAAAAAAGCAAACCCCUCGUCUGAAAUGUUUAGUAACAAAAACCUUUUGUUGCUUUGGAUCCACGUUUAGGUCCCUAUUGAGGAUAUCUUUAGUCCUGAUUCUCAUCCAGAAAGUCCCAGACCUGUCAGAUCCGUCCCCCUUCCACCGCCAAUCAUCCCAGAGGCGGAGGAAUCCACCCCCAGCCCUGUUAGCGAAUCAUCGAGCGGUUACAUCUCCACAAGUAUUUCCACUGCGACCCUGUCAGACGUCUACACUCUGAGCUGGGACCUGCCGCCGUUAUCCAGCUUUGACAUGAUGACUGACGAACACGAGGAGGACACCAAAUUCCAGCAGGCGUCAGAUAAUCGGAAAGCUGAGGAGAGGACUGACUUACUGACGACUAAACCACAUGAUUCCCUAACAGAGUCAAAGUGGACUCAGCAGGACCCAAACGAGUCCCUUUCAGACCAGAAGGAGGAGUCAAGUGAGCCUGAUGUAGUCCCAACAGUCCAGACCCAACAACAGCAAGACUCAGAGGUCGAGCACGCUGGAUCAGAAGGAUUAGACGACUCAGACCACACUGACCUUUAUUCCUCAUCAAUUCAGGAGGACAAACCUGAGACCCCUGAAAUAGAACCAGAACCAGAACCCCCACAAGUGGAGCCAGAGCCCCCACAAACAGAACCAGAACUCCCACAAACAGAACCAGAACCCCUUCAAAUAGAUCUCCAGCAAGUUUCUACAGACAAAACUGAACCCUGUGAAACCCAGCCAUCCCCAUAUGAAAGCCAGGAAGAGUCUGAAACCAUCGCUGAACCUCCAGAAGACCAAAAACCCUCUGACAGUAUACAGGUUUCGGUCUCAGAUGUCCCUGAAGUCUUGGUCCCAGCUCCUGCCCCAUCUGAAGAUCUUGUUCCUGAAGCUCCUCUUGAAGAAACAGCCACUCCUGAGGACUCAGACCCAAAUCCUACCUCCACCCUGAGUUCUUCACCCACCACAGAAGAAGCUCCACACGAAGAACCUGCCAGUGUGUCUCCAGAGACUCCCACAGCCCCAGAUCCUCCUCUGUCCACUGAUAAGCCUUCAAAACCUGAUCCCUCGGGGGCAAAUCCCUUCAAGAUCCAAAAAGUCAAAUCCUCAGAUCUCAAGUCAUUUCAGGAAAUUGUGGAUGAUGAGGAGGUUAAGAUUCUGAAGGGUGACCCGGCUAGCAGCCUCGGGGCAGAACUUUCUCUUUCCGUGCCGAUGGAAAACCUGGAAAUCAUUUCGGACUCCGAGGAAGGAGAUCCAGCGGCUGUUCUACCCGACUGGAUGAAGGAGGGCGAGUUUGUGACAGUGGGGACCAAUAAAAGCGGCACCAUCCGCUACAUAGGACCCACAGAUUUCGCAAAUGGUACCUGGGUCGGGGUGGAGCUGGAAGUUCCUGCAGGUCAGUGGAAUCGGUCCGUCCUGGUCCUUUAAACCCGUUCUGUCUCACAGCCUCACAGGUGAAUCUCAUUUUGUGUCUCCUUGCAGGAAAGAAUGACGGCUCAGUGGGGGGAAAGCACUACUUCCACUGUAACCCUGGUUACGGCGUGCUGGUAAGGCCGGACAGGGUUAGCCGCGGCGGCACCAAGCGGCGCCGCCAGCAGCAGCAGCAAAAGCGCCGCAGUGCCAACCUAUCUGGAUCCAGCCCUAACCUAGCAGCCCUCACCGCGCUUGCAAAAGGCGAAGGUGGAGGGGCGUCGCCCGGCCGCAGCAAAGGAGACAACCGCAAGUCCUGGAAUACUUGAGGUGGUUGGCGUUGGCGUGUAGAGCUUUUACCUUUUACUCAUCACUUGUAUGUGGAUUACAGGAUCUACUUACAUGAAAGAUCGAGAGCCAAAUGAUAAACUGUUCUCAAUGAGGAGGAGGAACCAGCGAAUCAUCUAUCAGAGACGUGAACGCCUACUGAAUUCGAUCAGGAAAGUUUUGAAAAUCAUAAAUAUUGAAUGUUUUAUCAGAAAAUCAGAAUUAUUUUAGAUAAUUUAUUAAAUUUUUAAGUGAAGCAGUUUUAGAAAACGGUCACUUUUGAUCUGCAAAUAUUUCACUCGCCAAGGAAAGAGUCUGUUUGUCCUAACUCACUAAAUAACCAGACACUGUGAAGUUACUCAUAUGUUCUGCUGCUGCAUGUUUGGAUCAACCUUUUGACUUUUGUGAAUUAAAUCUGCUGUAAAUGUGUAAUUUUUUUCUAACCCUGUGCCUUAAAACAAAAGUGCCGUCUUGAUAGACUAGACCACCAAAGACCGUACUCCCGGGGGUUCGAAUGUACCCACUGGAGCUGGUUUUGGCUCCUGGAUGUGGACUUUCUUUGGACACCUUUCCCUGAUGAGUUUGAUUACGGUUUGUCUCUAUGCAAGCGUGUUGAGGUUGUCGAUCUGUGUGUUAUGAGAGGAUUCUUAAGGGACUGUGUGAUUGUUUUCAUUUUUGCCUGUUAAAGAAGAUAUUUUGUACCUGUGCAUUCAAGUUGAUCAUUUUUACUCUUUGGAUGCUUAUUUAUUUCCAUGAAAAUAAAAACACACUUGGUCAAACAUG